GACAGUGCCUUGUUUCAUGUAAGGAAUGUUGAAUGUUUAUUUGAGUUCAUUGUUUUUUUUUAUCCGAUAUUCCAAUUUCUCCACAAUAAAAUUAUAAGCAUACCUAUUAAUAAAUAAUACCACAGUAUAUUAUCCUAUUGUGCUAUUACACAGAGAUCAAUUCUUGGUUAUCCUGUGUCUCUGCCUGUAGUGCCUAUUGCUAAAUUUUACAAGUCAUGGUGGGUGCUUUGAAUGUAGGAAUAUGGAAAAAAGAAAAAUUUCGAAGGAUCAGAACGGAAAAUAUUGAUUUACAAAGUGAUGUCUGUGAAUUCAAAAAACAUGUCCAAACAUUGUUGGAGAAAUCUUUGUUGGACAUAGAACUCACAUUCUGUGGCGUGAUCCUUGAAGAUGGAAAUACCCUGUCCUCAUAUGGCAUAACCAAUGAUGUUACUAUUCAUGUCUUGGAAAAACCUCCAUCGAAACCAGCUUCUAUUGAAAAACGAUUGACCCCAACAGAAGUAGUCAAUUCUUUCAGAACACUUACUUUGUUUUCUGGGUAUAGAAGUGCAUUGCAGCGCCUGUCUCGGAAAGAUGUCCUUGACAAAAUAAUUGCUGCAGCACCAGGUCUGUCUGAUGACCCUGUAGCUCUAGCAUUGAUCCAAGAUCCAGAGUUGAUAGUUUACCUUUCUGACUCUGAAUCUGUUGGCAAAAUGGCUCAGGAGCACCCCAUAUUACUAGAUGCAGCUAGUCAUAUAAUAUCUCAUGUCCAUGAGGAACAAGCAAAUGUGAACCCUAAUCAAGCAACGACCAGUACAGGCUACUCCUACUCCUUGGAAGCUCUGUCAGAUGAUGAUGAUAUGGAUUCCAGUUCAGAUUCAAACAUGGCACAGAAUUCCCUAAGUCGCAACUCUUCCUUCAAUGCAAUCACAGCUGCCCAACUAGCAGCUGCUAUAGCAAAUGCUACUAACACCCAGUUCAACACAAACAGUGCAGGGGUACCAAGCACCACCAAUUCUGGAAGCCAGCUGAUCACAAAUGAAAUGUUUUCAAAUGCUAUCCAGCAGGCUUUUGCUUUUGGAGGUGGGCCUGCAACUCCCAGCUCUAAUGUUAAUAGUGGCACUAGUGCUCCUAGUGAGGAGGACAGCCAUGAGGCUUCAUUGAGGAAGUGGCAAGCCCAGUUGCAGCAGAUGCAUGAGAUGGGGUUGGUUAAUGAUUUAGUCAAUGUGAGGGCUCUGAAGGCUACCAAUGGGGAUGUUAAUGCUGCUAUUGAGUUGGUUUUGAGUUUGAAUAAUUGGAAUGAUUGAACUUAUUUUUGAAUUUUAAAUAUUUCAUUUUGGUACCUAUGUUUAUGGAAUCAUUACAUAUGGGAGUAUUAAGAAAGGAUGGCAUUUGGCAACAUUGCCACUUGCCGCUGAGGGAAAGGAUAAUAGUGGUUGUUUCACUGUAGGAAAUGAACUCAAUGUAAACACCUGGAAGGAAUCCUGGAAGAGUGAGGCAAUAAGAUUGUUCAGGCAACCCCCAGUGGUUACCAUACCUAUCUCUUUCUAUCUUAUGUUAGUUGGCAUUAUUUGAAAUAUUUUCUCGUUUUUUGCUAUUAUAUAAAAAUAGACGUGAUUGAAUGUUAAUAUUCAUUUAGAAAAAAAGAAUAAUGAUGCAAUCAAUUAUUUUUUGGAGAAUAAUCGAUUUUUCUUAAUUGACUUGAAAGUGAAAUUUCAUUUUUAUUCUCACAGGAUUAGGAAGUCGAAUGAAUACAAAAUUGAAAUUAUAUAUAUACUAAUUCAAAUGUCACAAUAUUUUGUACUGGGUGAGUGAAGCUCAUAUGCCUCAGCACUAUC